AUGUUGCGGAGUAUGAUUAUUUGUUCAGUUUUAUGUAUCACAGCCUGCACCAUAGUCACAAGGGCGGCAAAUAUAUUGGCAUUUAUGCCGUUACCGAUUAAAAGCCACUUUCGCGGAUUUCAACCGUUGUUCGAAGAGUUAGCACACCGGGGACACAAUGUAACGGUAGCUAGUUCAUUCCCUCUAGAUCGUCCAAUUGUCAACUACACGGAUAUAGGGCCAUUUAUUAACAAAGCAAGAGCGAGAAAUGUAAUGGAUUUAGUGCACAUGAACUUCGUAACAUCGGUCAAAGUGAAAUGGGACCUUGGCAUAAGGUUAUCCGAUGUAAUCAUGUCACACGAGAACAUGAAAAAGUUCGUCCAAUCGAAUUCGAAUUCGUUCGAUUUGGUCAUGAUCGAAACUUUCUGUCAAGAGUACACUAUCGCAAUGGGCCACAAAUUCAACGCCCCCGUCAUAAAUCUUGCACCUGCGAUGCCCUGGGCCAGUAUUAGCAAAUGGCUGCACAACCCUUCCACAUUUUCGUACAUACCGGACGUGUGUUUGCAAUCAACUGGCGAUAUGGGUUUCGUGGACCGUUUAAAAAACACCAUAACAGGGCUCAUGCAGUCUUAUGCUGAUAAUUACUUGUAUUUACCUAAAAUGAAGGAAGUGAUGAACAAAUACUUCAAGUACGAAGGUUGGGAGUCCAGGCCUCCACUCGAGCAUAUGUUGAAAAAUGUGUCCUUAACACUGGCCAACUCAAAUUAUGCGAUUGGUGUAGCUAGACCGUAUCUUCCCGGUAUCGUUGAAGUAGGCGGAAUGCACUUAACAACCCCAAAAUCUCUACCCAGGAAUCUUCAAACUUUUUUAGAUGUUGCAGAUGAAGGGGUAAUAUUUUUCAGUUUUGGUUCUAUAGUUAAUUUGAAUGACUUGCCCAAAGAAAAAUUAAACAUUUUUCUUAGUGUCAUUCAAAAAUUAAAACAGAAAGUAAUUCUAAAAUGGAUACCUAAUGAUAGUGUCAAGCUGUCAAAAAACAUUAUGACUGGUUCAUGGUUUCCACAAAACGACAUUUUAGCACAUCCAAACGUUAGACUAUUCAUAACCCACGGAGGAUUGCAUAGCAUAGAAGAAACCGUUAGUAAUGCAAUACCUAUAGUUGGAGUACCAUUUUUUGCUGACCAGUAUUUAAACAUGAAAAUAGCUGAGGAGAAAGGUUAUGGUAAACUUGUAAAUUAUUUUGAAAUGACUGAAGAAUCAUUUGAAAAUGCCAUCAAAGAAGUACUGUCGAAUGUGAUGUAUAAAGAGAUGGUGAAGAUCCAGAGUCAGAUAUUCGAAGAUCAACCAAUGAAACCCUUGGAUCGAGCUGUUUACUGGGUCGAAUAUGUUAUUCGGAAUGGUGGAGCUAAACAUCUUGUAAGUGACUCAAUAGAGUUAAACGACGUACAGUAUUUUGUGUUAGACAUAUCAUUGAUUUUGCUUGUAUUAACUGGACUGAUAAUUUGGUUGUGUUAUUUGAUAAAGACAAAUGUGAUAUCUAAAAAAUUAAAUACAGAAUAG